CCGUAACCUAAAAUUAAUUUUUUUUAUGUUUUUCCAUUUUUUACAAUUUUAAUCCUUAAGAUUUUCUCCUUAAACCGUUUUUGCUUCAAUCAAUAACAUUCAAUGUUUGUAUGAGACAUGAUCUCUUUCGUGAAGGAUAUUGACCAUUUCAAAUUCAUCUGGUCCCAUGGAGAUGUUAAAAUCGAUACCUGGGUGUCAUCUUUGCACUAUCGGCUUACUGUUGCCCUGUUGUUGGUUUUGUUUGGAAUUGCCUGUAAUCAACAGUAUUUUGGAGAACCCAUUCAGUGCGUAAAUGACAAAAAUAGCAAUUUGCCCGUGAAAGUGAUGAAUAAUUAUUGCUUUGUCACUUCUACUUACACCAUCAUCAAAAGCACAGAGAGUUCUCAUCAAUCUUCAAAUUUACCACCACACUCCGAGAUUCCCGACAAGUCUGAGACAAGAUUGCACUUUUACUAUCAAUGGGUCCCCCUAAUGUUGCUGCUACAAGCAGUUUUAUUCCGAUUACCUUACAUCGGUUGGGAGACUUGGGAAGGUGGUCUGUUGCGAGGUCUCACAACCAACAUAAACGACAAACAGAAACUUCGCAUUUUGGCGAAGUACAUUGUGCAACGAAUCAAUACUCAUCAAGUCUGGCUUUCUGGUUUCAUUCUCUGCGAAAUGUUCACUUUUUUAAAUCUAGUUGGAGUUAUCAUGAUGACCCAUUACCUGUUGGGUGGCUACUUUUUAGCUUACGGUGUUGAGCUACUAAGGUUUUCGUUGGGCCCUCAUUUUGAAAGCAUUGGACUCAACUCCCUUCUCUCAAAUGGCAAAAACCCAGCUGAAACUUUGUUCCCGAAGUUAACAAAAUGCACUCUUCAAAGAUAUGGACCAUCUGGUGGAAUUCAGAACCAUGAUUUUUUAUGUGUUAUGACACUGAAUGUCGUCAAUGAAAAAAUAUUUGCAGUUCUAUGGUUUUGGUACCUUCUCUUGUUAAUUGUCAAUGGCUUCAAUUUGGCGUGGAGAUUUGUCUCAUACCUCACUGUCGUUAGCUGCUCAGGAUCUGCAUCAAAUGCCAAAAACAGAAUAAUGCUAUUUGCGUCAUGUUUGCCCUCUAUCAAAGACCCAAAUUUUUACCAAUUUGUCAGCAAGAAGUUUUUUUACUCUGAUUGGAUGGUGCUUUCAUUUUUACAGCAAAACCUUCCGACAACUCUAUUUUUACAGUUGACCAGAGAAGUCACCGCUCUUUGCAAGAAAUAGAUUCUUCGACUUAUUAAUUUUAUAACUUGUCAAACCA